AUGCACGGCAUGAGGGACGCGGCGGCCGGCUGGGAGGAGUGCCAUCAGGAGAAGCUGGCCAUGGCGGGCCACAAGGCAGGAGUGUCCUGCCCCUGCGCGUUCGCCAACUCAGACGGCCCAUCAUCUGGGGCCGUGCACGGCGCCGAAUUUGUGUUCGAGGGCGAGGAGCGCCAGCUGGACACGAUGGAGCGUGAGUUGUGGAAGCACAUGCAGCGCCGCGAGGGCAAGCACAUCGACGUCUACUGCGACUCCGAAUGGGCUGGAGACAUCGUGGAUCGCAAGAGUGUCAGCUCCAUCUUCGUGUUCUCCGGCCCCCAUUUGCUGAAGAGCGCGGUGAGCACCCGAGGCACGACGGCCCCGCCCAGUGGCGAAGCGGAGUUUACAGCUGAAGUGAGGGGCACAUCCGUGGCCCUAGAAGUGAAGUCUUCGGGGGCAGAUCUCGGCGCAAAGCCGUUCCCUGCGAUGCGCGCCGACAGCGGCGCCGCGAAGGGGAUCCUCAAGAGGCGCGGCAUCGGUCGCAUUCGGCAUCUACGCACGCCUCCCCUCUGGGUGCAGGAGAAGCGCGCGAAGAAGGAUAUCGAGGUCCACAAGACUCCGGGCGAAACCAAUCUGGUGGACCUCGUGACCAAGGAGUUUUCACGAAGUGAUAUGAACAAGCAUUUGAAGACCUGUGGGUUCGCCUUCGAGCCUGGCCGUCAUCCGAAGGCUCUGGCGGCCCCGAUCACGGCGCCCGGCGAGAUAGGUGGCUUGAGCGGCUACGACCGGGACCAGGCGCUGCGUAGCGACGGAGCACUCCUGACAUCUCCUGACUGCGGGGCGCCCGAGGGCCAUUUUGGCCGGAGCCCGGGGCGGGCGCGUCGGCGCGCAGGCAGGCCGUGGACCCCACGCUCCAUUACCUUCUGA